AUGGAGGAGAGGAUUGCUGGAAAGCUUAAGGCGAAGGGCAAGGCUGAACCCUUGAUAGUAUCAUGGACCGGUGAUAUAAAACGCCACGAAAAUGGCUCCCGUAUAAUAAACCUGCAGAUCACGGCAAACGGAAGCAGUGAGCCGUUGCCACUGAAGAACGUGCGUACGGUGUCGAAGUUGAUGUUGCCGAAGCAGAACGUAAAGUUUGCGGACGUUACAGCACGAUAUCCGCACCUAGCGGGUUUAUCGGUAGCUGAUCAUUCGUCGGAGGAGCCGGCGAUCCUGAUUGGGCUGGACAACCUGCAUUUGUUUGCGCCAUUGGAGUCCCGGGUUGGUAAAGCUGGCGAACCAAUUGCCGUGCGGUCGGAGUUGGGUUGGACGGUGUAUGGUCCGGAGAAACAGAAGCCAUAUGCCGAAACGUUCCUCAAUCUUCACGUUGCGAAACCAGCAAGUAACCAGGAGCUCCACGAUAUGAUGCGAGAACAGUACGUGCUGGAUGAGGUGGGCGUCACUUCGUUUGGAGUACCGGAGUCAGUGGAGGACCAGCGUGCUCGAGCGAUCUUGCGGACUACGACGGCGAGAGUAGGCGAUCGUUUCCAGACUGGUCUCUUAUGGCGCGAAGACGAACGACGAUUCCCCGACAGUUAUCCGAUGGCUGUGCGUCGAAUGAAGGCGCUCGAGAGAAAGCUGGAGAAAGACAGUGGACUCAAAGAGAAUGUGUGCAGGCAGAUUGAUGAAUAUCAAGCCAAGGGAUACGCACAUAAAGCUACGACGCAGGAGCUUGCAGAAAUACCGAGUACAGUAGCUUGGUAUCUGCCGCUAAACGUCGUACUGAACCCUCGAAAACCGGAUAAGGUACGAUUGGUAUGGGAUGCUGCGGCAUCUGUCAACGGUGUGUCGCUCAACACGGAGCUGUUGAAAGGGCCGGAUAUGCUAGUCUCGCUUCCCGGCGUCAUUAGUCGCUUUCGCGAGAGACCGGUUGCCUUCGGAGGUGACAUUGCCGAAAUGUACCAUCAGAUCCGGGUCAGACCGGAAGACAAAUCUGCCCAGCGCUUCCUGUUUCGGAAGGAUCCGGAAGAAAACCCGCAGGUGUACAUGAUGGAUGUACUUACGUUCGGGUCGACGUGCUCUCCCUGCUCGGCACAGUACGUGAAGAAUCUAAACGCUGAGCAGUAUUCGGCAGAAUUCCCGGAAGCAGCGGAGGCGAUCCUUCAUCGUCACUACGUGGACGAUUAUUACGACAGUACGGAUACAGUCGAAGACGCGAUCAGGCGAGCGAAGGAGGUGCAGUAUAUUCACGAUCACGGAGGAUUUCACAUCAGGAACUGGGUGUCAAACUCCAAGGCGUUUCUCGAUGAACUGGGUGAGCGGAAAACGAGCGCAAGCGUACACUUCAACCGGGACAAAACCACCGAGUACGAACGUGUCUUGGGCAUCGUCUGGGAGCCGGAGCAGGAUGUAUUCUCCUUCGCUACAUCUUCUAACACGGGGCUCCAAGAAGCUGUGCAGAGCGGAGAGCGCCCAACUAAAAGGAAGGUGCUAAGCUGUGUGAUGGCGCUGUUCGACCCACUAGGUCUUCUGUCGCCGUUCACGGUGCUGGGACGAAUGCUGGUCCAAGACAUUUGGCGACAUGGCUGUGACUGGGACGAAUGUAUCGACAAUGUAUCCCACCAGAAGUGGACACGCUGGUCCGGCUUGCUAUCGGACAUCGAGCGGUUUAAAAUUCCGCGGUCGUACUUUGGAAGUGCGAAGUCAGGUGAAAUCGAAGAUGUGCAGCUGCAUAUAUUCACGGAUGCCAGCGAAACAGCGUACGGCUGCGUGGCAUACUUUCGAGCAGUGAUUGGAGGCGAAGUCAGGUGUGCCCUGGUUAUGAGUCGGUCAAAGGUGGCACCACUGAAGCAACUGUCAAUCCCACGACUAGAGCUUCAAGGUGCGGUUUUGGGAGCAAGGCUGGCACAAACGGUUCAGCAAAAUCACAGCCUCCGAAUCAGCAAACAGUUCUUUUGGACUGACUCGCAAACUGUUUUGUCCUGGAUCCGUUCCGACCAACGCAGAUACAAACAGUUUGUCGGAUUUCGGAUAGGGGAGAUUAUGAGCUUGACGAAGCUCACUGAAUGGUGUUGGGUGCCGACGAAGUUAAACGUCGCAGACCAAUUGACCAAGUGGGGCAAAGACCUGGAACUACUUUCGGACAGUUCCUGGGUACGAGGCCCAAACUUUUUAUACGAGAAGGAAGAAGAUUGGCCGAGGAAAAGUAUGCCGCCGGCGAAUACGGCGGAAGAGUUGCGGGUACAUCUGCUUUUGCACGACGUGGCAGUAGCGGAAAGCUUGCUCGACUUUCGUCGAUUUUCGAAGUGGACAGUGCUCGUACGAACCAUGGCGACGGUGUAUCGGUUUAUAUCGAAUUGCAGAAGGAAGGCCAAGGGUUUGCCGACCGAGACGUUGAGGUCAACGGAAGGCCAGAAACCGACGACCACGAAGAAGGCAAUCCGAUCGAUCCGUGUACCGUUGCGGCAGGAAGAGUAUCAGAAGGCAGAGCGGUCGGUGCUGAAGAUGGCGCAAGUCGAAGCAUACAUCGAUGAGUUGAAGGUUCUGCUGAAGAAUAGAGACCGUCCUACCAGUCAAUGGCAGACGGUGGAAAAAUCCAGUGCGUUGCACAGGCUAACUCCUUUAGUCGAAGAAGAUGGCUUGAUUCGUAUGGAAGGGCGUUCCGCAAAUGCGGAGUUUCUUCCGUUCGACUUGCGGUUUCCAGUCAUAGUUCCGGACGAGCAUCCAGUUGCGAAGCUUCUAGUGGAACACUACCAUAAGCGGUUUGGUCACGGGUACCGCGAUACGGUGAAGAACGAGUUGAGGCAGCGAUUUCACAUUCCGAAAAUCAACGCAGUAGUUCGGAAGGUAACAUCGUGCUGUGUCUGGUGCAGGGUACAUCGCAGUCGUCCACAGGCUCCUCGAAUGGCUCCGUUGCCGGUACAAAGGCUGACUCCAUAUCUCCGAGCGUUCAGUUACGUCGGUGUCGACUAUCUGGGUCCCUUCGAGGUGACGGUUGGUCGCAGAAAGGAGAAAAGAUGGGUCGUCUUGUUCACCUGCCUGGUGAUCAGAGCCGUGCACGUGGAGGUGGCGCAUAGUUUGACAACGCAGUCCUGUUUGAUGGCGAUUAGACGGUUUAUUUGUCGGCGCGGAACUCCCAUAGAGUUCUUCUCAGACAACGGUACAAAUCUACGAGGAGCAAGCAAGGAAAUCGUUGGGAUCUGUUACACCAUCGGAUUGGAUUGUGCCGACGAAUUUACGAACGCGCAAACCAAAUGGACGUUCAAUCCACCCGCUGCCCCCCACAUGGGAGGCGUGUGGGAGCGGCUUGUACGGUCCAUCAAAGAAGCACUGCAGGCGUUGAACAACGGGCGACGGUUGACUGAUGAAAUCUUGCAGACGUCCAUCGUUGAAGCUGAAGAGAUGGUGAAUUCUCGACCACUCACUUACGUUUCGGAACAAUCUUCGGAAGCAGAAGUACUGACACCCAACAAGUUCCUGCGAAACUUCUCUCCGAUCGACCGGGAUGCACUGCCAUCGCCGGUGAAAGCAGCAGAAGCUCUUCGGGACUCGUUUAAAAGGUCUCAAGAACUAGCUGAGGAGAUGUGGAAGCGCUGGAUUACGGAGUACAUUCCGACCGUGAACCAGAGAACGAAGUGGUUCAAGGAAUCCAGGCCGUUAAAAGCGGGUGAUUUGGUGUAUGUAGUCGAAGGAACAAGUCGGAAGUCAUGGGUUCGCGGAAUAGUGGAACAACCGAUCGUCGCUGGUGAUGGGAGAAUACGACAAGCGUUGGUACGCACCAAAAAUGGUGUAUUCAAGCGUGCGGCAGUCAAUCUAGCGGUGUUGGAGCUGGAUGAUGGUAACACUGGAUUGGAAACGGGUUCCCAACCAGGAUUACGGGCCGGGGAAAUGUUCGGGACAACACCUUCGGCAACACUGCCGGCGGCCGAUGCGGUGGAUGUGGUUGACGUAUAG